AUGGGACACUCGGCCGGCGGCUCGAUUCACUGCCGGCGCAAGUGGCGUGACCAGUUUCCUGUCCAGAGCGCGCCGCUCCGGCGACACCCGAGCCAGGACCCUUGCGCGCGGCGAGCCGAGCGGGUGGCGUCGUACGGCCGCCAGGCGCAACUCACGUGCGUCUGCACUGUUAGCGUCACAAGGAGUGCCCGGGAGUGCCCGGGAGAGGCCGUGCGUGACGGGAGUGACCGGGAGUGGCGGGGAGUGGCGGGGAGUGGCGGGGAGUGGCCGGGAGUGACCGUGAGUGACCGAGAGUGGCCGGGAGUGGCCGGAGUGGCCGGGAGUGCCCGGGAGAGGCCGUGCGUGAACGGGAGUGACCGGGAGUGGCGGGGAGUGGCGGGGAGUGGCGGGGAGUGGCCGGGAGUGACCGUGAGUGACCGAGAGUGGCCGGGAGUGGCCAGGCAAUGCAGCUCCGGCGCGCGGCAGCAGUGUCGCCAGGACGCCUGGGACCCACCCGGCCCACCCGGCCCACCGGCCCACCCGGCCCACCGGCCCACCGGCCCACCCGGCCCACCGGCCCACCGGCCCACCGGCCCACCCGGCCCACCGGCCCACCCGGCCCACCGGCCCACCGGCCCACCGGCCCACCCGGCCCACCGGCCCACCCGGCCCACCGGCCCACCGGCCCACCCGGCCCACCGGCCCACCCGGCCCACCGGCCCACCCGGCCCACCGGCCCACCCGGCCCACCGGCCCACCCGGCCCACCGGCCCACCCGGCCCACCGGCCCACCCGGCCCACCCGGUCCACCCGGCCCACCCGGUCCACCGGCCCACCCGGCCCACCGGCCCACCCGGCCCACCGGCCCACCCGGCCCACCGGCCCACCCGGCCCACCGGCCCACCCGGCCCACCGGCCCACCCGGCCCACCGGCCCACCGGCCCACCGGCCCACCCGCCCACCGGCCCACCCGGCCCACCGGCCCACCCGGCCCACCGGCCCACCCGGCCCACCGGCCCACCCGGCCCACCGGCCCACCCGGCCCACCGGCCCACCCGGCCCACCGGCCCACCCGGCCAACCGGCCCACCCGGCCAACCGGCCCACCCGGCCAACCGGCCCACCGGCCCACCCGGCCCACCCGGCCCACCGGCCCACCCGGCCCACCGGCCCACCCGGCCCACCGGCCCACCCGGCCCACCGGCCCACCGGCCCACCGCGCCAUCACACGCGCCGCCCGCGGGGACUAUUCCUGGAGCGCCGCGGCGCCGCAACUCUGGGCGCCCGCACAGAGGCGCCGCGACGCCGCACAGACCGCCACAGAGCCAAGGCGCCGAGAGCCGAGAUGAGCGGCGACAGUUGGCGCGCGACGCACAGCUGCCCCGGCCGCCCUCCGCCACGAGGCCACGUGGCCGCCAUGCUGGAUCCGGUCACGUGGCCGGAAGCAGCGCGUGGCGCGCGGCCGGGCGCCAUUAGGGGGCUUACAGCCCUCCACCCCGGCCCUGGACGAUACCACUCCCUCGCUAAUGCACGCCAUUCUCCGUGCUCCCAGCGCGGAUGUGAAUCACUGUCUGCUAUCACGGAUGUCCCACGGCUGGCCGAGCAGCUCCGAGACAAGCCUGCUGCCGUGUACCGGGAGCAAGCCGGGUGGACCGGCCUGGCAACAGUGCGCGCCAAGCGCGAGACAGGCCAUGGACGAUGUGUCGUAUCUGACCCCGUGUCAGGGUCCAGCUCGACCUCACGAGCUCAUAUGCCCGUGGAACUGCAGUGGCCGUAA